AGUAGGACACUUUCCUCUAAUUAUUAUCUACUCUUGAUCAUAUCAAUGUCCUUGUUUACAGCUUCUCAAUAAGUAAUAUACUAAAAUUUAGUCUACUGUAUGGUCUACCAAUUACUGAUUAUUGAUACCAUCUCUUUUGAAGAGAGAAUGAAAGUUAAAGUGUUGUUGUUACAAUCUCUCUCUUGUAUUUAUUUAAUUAUUUCUAGUUGUAGCAUUUCUUAUUGCACUCUAUUAGAACAAACAGCUCCUAGGAAAAAAUUGGCUCCUACCAAUUCACUUAUACCUUCAAAAUAUUCAAGAGAGCACAGGCAGUGAGUCUUCUUGGAAACUGAACAGUUUUGUCCCAACAUAAUUUUGGUGGGUACCAAAAGAGUACAUUGAUAUUAGUUUAGAUUCAAUGGGAACAGUAGGACUUGUGGUAUCUGGUACAAUAGUGUUUCUUAGUGCAGGGAAUGUAAUUAUGUUCUUUAUAUUGUGGGGACUGUAUCAGUCAUUAUCUAAUGUGGGUCAGAGAUGGUAUUCAUUUGGUUGGGAGUCUCAGUUACUUGAAAUGGGUUUCCUUGCAAUGUUCUUAUCUCCAGUUUUGAGUUUGAGCCAGUUUUCACGUCACACGCCCACAAGCUGGACCAAUGUCUGGGGAAAUUGCUGGAUGAUAUUCCGCAUUAUCAUUGGAGCUUGUUUGAUAAAGAUGAGAGGUGAUACCUGUUGGAGGGACUUGACUUGUAUGAACUAUCAUUAUGAGAUUCCAGCUGAACAAGGUCACACUUAUGCAUCAGAAGUUAAUGCCAUAUUUGCAGAGACUAGUGCCCUCACUGCUAGGAAUGUUGAGGAAAUGUUCAUUGAAAUAACUCACAGACUGAUACACCACGUGCUAAGGGAGGAUGCUGUGGAGGGGACAAAGGACCAUCAUAAUACUGUAUAGCGGAAAAUUUUCGUGGAUCCGUCCAAAAAUCAAUUUUGUGGCUUUAAUUUUCGUGGUUUUCUACAAUUCGGCCAUCUUAAACCGUAUAAAAAUCGAUUUUCACGGAUUUUAUUUUCGUGGGUUUUGAA